AUGAAGCACGUUAGUCCUAGCCGUUUAAAAUUAAGUGAAAAAAGAAUUGAGCAUAUAGGAGAUGAUGCAUCUAUAUAAGAUAAACAAAUUAGAUUUGAUUUCACCAACCUACAAAAUAUAAACAAUACAGAAAGAAAGUUUGGGUCGAUUGAAAACUUGAAUCUUCAAAUUGAUGAUGAUAAAGCAGAAUUUGAUACUGUUAAAACAGAUUUUGACAAAUAAAAAUAGACUUAAUACUAGAAUGAUUAUGUUUUGGGGUUAAACACAACUGAAGAGCAAAAAAUGACUAAUGAGCAAUUAGAAAAUGAUAAAAAGAAAAGGGAUCUCAAUAGGUAUAUAAUAAAUCCAGAAACUUUGAAGUUAAAGAUAGCAUAAGAUCAAAAAUAUCAAUAAAUAUUUGAGCCAGUAAAUCUAAAUGAAAUUUAUAAACUUGAGGGAAAUGAAAACAAAGACUUAUGUAAAGAUUAUUUCGAGAAUUAAAUCAAGCAAAAGAUUGGAAAGGCGCUUGCAGAUCAUUUUAACAAAAAUUACCGAAAAGAUUUAAAACAAAAUUAGGAUAAAACUGAAGUUCAAGCAAUUAAAGAUCCUUAAAAAUCUUAGGAUUUUGCAGAACAUAUUAAAAGCAAAGGUUUGUCAGAACUUUUUGAAAAAAAUAAGCUUAAUAAUACAGAGGCCAAAGACAAAUAAAAAACUGGCCAGGAAUAAAGAGAAUUCUAGACAGAAAAAUAACCCAAAGGAUAUCUUUUGACUAUCAUACCCUUCGACUAUAUUCUUGAAUCAGAGAGUUACAAUAGGCUAGGAAGAAUAUUAAGACUUGGGAAAUUUUAUAGGAUGGUUAAACUAAUAAGACUACUCAGAAUUGGAAAAGUAGUAAAAUAUGAAUCUCUCUUUUAGUAGUUUGUUCAUAGGUUGUUUCAAUUAACUAUUGGUUAUGAGAGGCUACUAUUUUUGCUAAUCAUGUUUUUGACUCUUUGCCAUAUUGCAACAUGUCUCUAGAUAUUCAUUGCAAAAUUGGAAGAAAAUUAAAAAUAGUCUUGGAUUUUUAAAAGCAAUUUUGAAGAUUUUGGAGAUUAUGAGUUAUAUAUAACUGCCUUUUAUUACACUGUAACAACAAUAGUAACUGUAGGAUAUGGAGAUAUUACUGCGAAAACUGUAAGUGAAAAGUUAGUUUCAAUCUGCCUAAUGAUUAUUGGUGUUGUCUCAUUUUCCUAUGCAUCUGGAAUACUAACUAAUAUAAUCAAUAAUCAAGAUUCAAACUCUGCUGAGUUAGUGUAGAAAAUACAUACUCUAUAAGUGAUAAAAUAGAAAUAUAAAAUAAAGCCAGAGUUGAUUAAAAAAAUCAAGGAUUGGUUAAAAUAUUACCACUAAAAAACUCUUUUUGAUGUUACUGCUUUUAUGGAUGAUCUUCCAAAUGGACUGAAAACAAAAUUAGCUGUUGAAGCUAAUCAUUAACUCUGCGAUUCUAUUGAUUUCCUGAAAAGAUAAGACUAGCAAUUUAUUCUCUGGGUUUUUCCUCUCCUUAAACCAUUUUUCGUGCCAUAAUAUGACUAUAUCUACAAAGAUGGUGAUGAAAUAUUAGAAAUUUAUUUCUUGGAGAGCGGAGAAGCUGCAUUUGUUCUUUAAAAAUUCAUUGAUGACAUCUAUAUUAAUAUAGAAUAGGGUAAUUAUUUUGGAGAUAUUGACCUUGUUUAUGAUCCAAGAAUACUAGAAAGAAAAAGAUUAAAAUAGACCAACAUUUCAAGCUCAUCACAUUAAAGCGAUUAUACUAAAAGUAUCAUAUCUGAAAAAUAUUUUAAAAACAAAUAUUUCUCUUAAGAACUAGAAGAAAAUCCAACACCAUAAAGAAGUUAAUCUUCUAUUUCAAAGAGAAAAAGUUCCUACCCAGACCUAUAUUAAAAAAGUAAACAAAAGAAAAUCUAUGAAUCUGCCAAUUAAAACUAUUAGAAAAAAAGUUACAAGGAAAAUAAGAAUUAAAUUACUAAGAAUGAUCACUUGAAUAAAGAUAAUAAUACAGCGGAUUUAGGAGAAAGAGUUGAUAAAAUAGAAAUUUUAGUUAAAAAUUUGUUGAGUAAUGUUGGCAAAGUUUAUAAUGCUAUAAUAGAAAUAAGAGAUAAAGCAGUUUGA